CCUCUUCAUUAUUACUUCCGGCAGCAACAACAGUAACACAAACGGACGCGUUCAUCGCAGUUGUUUGUCACUGCAUAAAACAACAUCGACAUUAUUGUCAGUGUUGGUAUAGUUUUUUUUUACAAAGCUCUAUUAGCUCUCCAUGCUGCUGUACCGUGUUCUGACCGUAAGCCAGACGCUAACGAGAUGUGCACGCAGGUCAUACCGAGGAGGUGGCCUCUACCGGUCACUCUUUUGUAGCUCUAGCCGCUGUCAUGGCGUCUCUCCAGGCGAGGGCAGCCCACAGACUGCCGACCCGGGCUCCGUUCAGGCACUGUACCGGGACACUGUGCUCCUUCCCCGGACAGAGUUCCCCAUGAAACUGACAGGGCAGAAGCUGCUCGACAAAGAAGUCGAGAUUCAGCAGAAGUGUGGAUUUGCAGAUUUGUAUACCUGGCAGAGAGAGAGGAAGGCCAAGAAGGAGUUUUGCCUUCAUGAUGGACCUCCAUAUGCCAAUGGAGACCCUCAUGUAGGACAUGCUCUCAACAAGAUCCUGAAAGACAUUCGUAACCGCUUCGAGAUGCUGAGGGGACGCCAGGUCCACUAUAUCCCGGGCUGGGACUGUCAUGGUCUGCCCAUCGAGCUGAAGGCUCUGGGCGAGCUUGGGGCCAUGGACCUCAGCCCUCUGCAGAUCAGACACAAAGCUCGCCAGUUUGCAGAAGGGGCCAUAGCACGUCAGAAGGCUGCUUUCCAGCGCUGGGGGGUGAUGGCUGACUGGGGUCAGUGCUACUACACUUAUGAUGGACCUUAUGAGGCGGCUCAGCUGAAAGUGUUCCAGGAAAUGCACAACAAGGGGCUCAUCUAUCAAGACUACAAGCCUGUAUUUUGGUCUCCUUCAUCAAGAACUGCCCUUGCAGAGGCAGAAUUGGAAUAUAACCCAGAGCACGUGAGCAGAGCCAUCUAUGCCACAUUCCCGCUGGUCACACUGCCACCUAAGAUAGCAUCAAAAGCAGGUCAGGGUUAUAUUUCUGUGUUGGUGUGGACCACGCAACCUUGGACCAUACCUGCCAACGAGGCCGUCUGCUACAUGCCCAAUGCCCAGUACUCUGUGGUGCGGAGGAAAGCUGACUCUCAGCUGCUAUUAAUGGCCACUGAACGAUCUGUCAGCAUGGCAGCAGUGUUGGGCACAGAACUUGAGAGUGUCGCCACAUUCACUGGCUCAGAACUAGAGGGCGGCAUUUGUAGGCAUCCCACAAUUCCCAACAAGGAAGUGCCACUCUUGCCCGCCAAUCAUGUGACAAUGACGAAAGGAACAGGAUUGGUCCACACGGCGCCAGCUCAUGGCAUGGAGGAUUACAGUGUGGCUUCUCAGUUUAAACUGCCUGUGGAGUGUAUGGUGGAUGAGGAAGGCAAGUUCACGGAGCUGGCAGGUCCACAGCUUCACCAUCUAUCUGUGCUUAAAGAAGGCAAUGAAAAAGUCAUCUGCAUGCUGAGGGAGUGUGGUGCUUUGGUGAAAGAGGAGAAUUGCGUCCAUAGCUACCCAUAUGACUGGAGGACAAAGCAGCCUGUCGUCAUCAGGCCUAGCAAACAGUGGUUCAUCAAUACAGGUUCACUCAAGGACAAGGCGAAGGAAGCGCUGCAGAAGGUUCGUGUUUUACCAGAGUCUGCACGGAGCAGCCUUCUGACCAUGCUCGACAGACGCACUUACUGGUGCAUCUCACGGCAGCGCAGCUGGGGAGUCCCAAUCCCGGUCUUCUACCAUAAAGAAACUGGGGAGGCUCUCAUCAACAAACACACGGUGUCCCACAUAGCAACACUCAUCAAAGGGGAAGGCAGCAAUUGUUGGUGGGAGCUUCCAAUCGACACUUUGCUGCCAGCGGAUGUUCUCAAGAAGAGUAAAGCAGGACCAGCGACUGACUACGUCCGUGGAGAGGACGUGCUUGACAUCUGGUUUGACAGUGGAGCAUCAUGGGCAGCCGUUCUAGAAGAGGAGCUGGAAGGAGACUCUGAGGAGCCUGAGUCCCGUCUCAGCUGGCUCCCAGCGUCACUGCGCAAACCGCUGGUCGCAGAGGCAGACAGCAGGGCAGACACGUAUGUAGAAGGGAAGGACCAGAUUGGAGGCUGGUUUCAGUCGUCACUGCUCACCAGCGUUGCCGUCAGGAACAAGGCACCCUACAAGUCACUGGUGGUCCAUGGAUUUGCCGUGAGUGAGAAGGGAGAGAAAAUGUCCAAGUCUGUUGGGAAUGUUGUGGAUCCUGAUACGGUCAUCAAUGGCGGGAAGGACGCCAGCAUGCCAGCCUACGGGGCCGACGUGCUUCGGUGGUGGGUGGCCGAGUCCAACAUAUUUACUGAGGUUCAGAUUGGACCCUCGGCUCUAAACUCGGCCCGAGACAACAUCAACAAGCUCAGAAACACUUUGCGGUUUCUACUUGGCAAUCUGCACGGCUUUGACCUGCAGACUCAGGCUGUGGACCCCAAAGAGAUGCUCUACAUAGACCAGUACAUGCUUCACCUGCUGCGCGAGUACAGCAUGAAGGUGACAGAUGCUUACAGUGAGUUUGACGCUGGCCGGGUCAUACGCCUCCUCCAGGCCUUCAUGACCGGAGACCUCUCCAGCUUUUACUUCAGCAUCAUCAAAGACAGGUUGUACUGCGAUCCAGAGGACUCAUUAGGCAGAAGAUCAUGUCAGACGGCCUUGGAGGAGAUUCUAGAUGGAGUGACAAGAUCCAUCGCGCCCAUCCUGCCUCAUUUGGCUGAAGAAGUUUACACACAUGCACCUGGACAUGACAAAGAGGAGACGCUGUUCCGAAGCGGCUGGAUCAAAAGCAGCUCUGUGUGGAGGCGCCCUGGACUGGAGGAGGCGGUGGAGGGGGCGUGCGCCAUCAGGGACUCCUUCUUGUCAUCUAUUCCAGGCAAGAACGCUGCCCAGUAUGACCUCACCAUCGCCAUUGAGCCUGGUCUGCUGUUUGAGCUGAUGGAGUCUCUCCAAGAGGAGCCGUCUUCCACCUCCUCCCAGCUGGCUGAGCUCAUGAUGGCGGCUCGCGUCAACCUGAGCAGUGAGGUGCCUCGCGACCUCCCUCCUGAUGCGCUGCUGAGCCACGGCACCUUCCUCAUCAACCUGGAAGGGGGUGUUAUUCGAGAGGAAAGUAGCUACAAUAUAGCGGCAGUGCCCACCUCCGCCAACCGAUGUCCUCGUUGCCGGCGCUACACUGCCGAGUCAGCAGACUGCCUGUGCCCACGCUGCCAGACUGUCAUCUCGCAAGCUCAGUAGCUGGACAAAAACCAGCUCGUCAACAUGGAAAACGGCAGAGGACGAAAGACUUUGAAACUUGUAACCGAUGCUGAUGCUGUUCCACACGAGACACACGUCACUCUGUUGCCCUUCGUUUUCCUACAGCUCGCCUGAGCGAUGGCACAGGGGACUACUUGCAAACGAGUAACUGAACAGACUGAAUGGACAAAGAGCAGACACUACAUUGCUGUGCGUGAAGGAAAAUAAGGUGGUUUACUGUGUUUCUGUUGGAAUGCUCUGUCUUCAGAUCGCUCCAAAAGGGAGCCCAGCAAAGGGCAGUUUUUAUAUUAAGCGUACAAAAGUAUGGCGGACGCGUUGACAAAGAGAAGCGUCACUAUGUGAACACAGGAGAACAUUUAAGAGCAGGUGUAGAUGAGGUGCCUACCUUUGUAUCAUAAAUCAUAAAAUGCACUUACAUGGGAAAAGAUUAAAGUUAAACCAAAUUAAGUUUACCGCUUUACCUCUUUAUUGUUUGGGUUUAGCUAGUGGGAGGAGCUGGACUUUGGACUUCAGAAUAGAAGGCUUACCGGCAGUCAGUUUAACACAGUGGUGUCCAAAGUGUGGCCCGGGGGCCAUUUGUGGCCCGCGGCACAGAUUCUUAAAAUAUCAUUCGACAAGAAAACUAGAAAAAGAGCAAAAAUGGACAAAUCAGCAGUAAUCUUACAAGAAUAAAGUCAUUAAGAGAAAAAGGUUCUAAUAAAAGUUGUAAAAAAAAAAAGAAAAAGGCGUAGUUUUAUGAGAAUAACGUAAUAUUGUGAGGAAAUAGAACGUGUUUUUUUUUUUUACAUCAUAGGUUAUGAUAAUAUUGUGAGAAUAAAGUCCAAAUAUUAUGAAAAUAAAAUUAAAGUAGUCUGUGAAUAAAGUCGUAAUAUUGCAAGAACAUUUACAAGAAAGUUGAAAUACUUGGAAAUAAAAAAAAAUGCGUAAAUUAACGAAUCAGUCAAGAAUAAAGUCAAAAUAUUAAGGGGCAAAAGUUGUAACGAGAAAAAAAUUACAGUUUUAAAAGAAUAAACUUGUGAUAUUGAGGAAUUCAAUGUCACUGUAGUAGCAAAGUACAAAUAUUAAAGAAUUUUUUUUUUUAAAGGUUGGGGAAAAAGUUAUAACAUGGGAAUAAAGUCAAAAUAUUAAGGGAAUAAAGUCAUAAUAUUCCAAGAAGACCAUCUACAAUUGAAAUAUUUUGAAAAUGUACAGCAAAAAUGGGGAAGAAAGAGCACAGAGUGAAGUUGAUACUAAAAAUAGGCUUUUUUCAUUGAUAUCACAAAGCUGAGAUGCAAUUUUUUUGUGUGUUGCCUUGCGGCCCUUGCAUUCUUUCAUUUUUCACAAUGUGAAUGUGGCCCUGGCUGGAUAAAGUUUGGACACCCCUGGUUUAACAGAACUGCUUGCAUAUUACCGUAUACUGUACACAGCAGAUCCCCGCUUUUUGCAGGAGUUCCAUCAGCAAAUAGCGAGUCAUUGAUUUGCACAUAAAAAUAUCUUAUUUUUUACUCCUUUGACUCAUACCCCGCCCACUGCCAAAUCCUUCAGCUCCAGCGCGCUCCCUGUCCCUGUCCCUGUCCCUGUCCCUGUCCCUGUCCCUGUCCCUGUCCCUGUCCCUGUCCCUGUCCCUGUCCCUGUCCCUGUGCUUCACGCAUCCACGUAUAAAAGGCACAUGUACUCGCCACUAAUGAAUGAUGAGGUAAGAUGAUUGAUGAACACUUUUCCAUCUCACAGCAACCGAGGUGUGUUCAAGAACCGUUCAAAGUGCGAAAUCUAUACGCUUGAUUAAAAAAUAUAAUUGAAGCAUAAAGACAAAUUGUGUUUUUUUUUAAUUCUCCUUCAGGAUUUUUUGGUAGACAACAAAAUUCAUGGUUCCAUUUAUUGGUAGACAAAGCAAGUCUUCCAGGCCUGAAGCAGCAAGACAGUCCCAGACCAUCACACUACCACCACCACAUUUUACUGUUUGUAUGAUCUUUUUCUGAAAUACUGCGUUACUUUUACGCCAGACAGGGACACACCCCUUUCAAAAAGUUCAACUUUGGCCUCGUCAGACCCUUGGGAUCAUCAAGAUGUUCUCUGGCAAAAUUGAGACGAGCCUUAAUGUUCUUUUUGUUCAGCAGUGGUUUUGGUCUUGGAACUCUGCCAUGCUGGCCGUUUUUGCCUAGUGUAAUUCUUAUGAUAGAGUCAUGAACACUAACCUUAACUGAGGGAAGUGAGACCUGCAGUUCUUUGGAUGAUGUUGUGGGGUCUUUUGUGACCUCUUGGGUGAGUCGUGGCUGCGCUCUUGGGGUAAUUUUGGUUGUCCGGCCACUACUCGGAAGGUUCACCACUGUUUCAUGUUUUUGUCAUUUGUGGAUUUAAUGGCUCUCACUGUGGUUUGCUGGUGUCCCAAAGCUUUAGAAAUGGCUUCAUAACCUUUUGCAGACUGAUAGAUCUCAAUUAAUAUGAGUUAUGUUUUAACAGGGGGGCCAAUCACUUUUUCACACAGGACCAUGUAGGUUUGGAUUUUUUUCUCACUUAAUAAUAAAAAGUGUCAUUUAAAAACUGCAUUUUGUGUUCAAUAAUUGGCCAUUUUCAUUUAAUAAGUGACAAACAAAAUACACAACUUAUCUCUUAAUAUAUAGAGAUUUAUAAUCAUAUCUCAUGUUUUCAUUCAAAAUAAUGAUAAUAAAAAUAAAAAUUGUGUGUGUUAUCAUCGACCAGGGCAGUCGGGGAAAUUAUAAUUUUACUGGUAAUUCUGAGCUACAAAGCAAAGGAUAUAUUUUCAAUUUUUUUUUUUUAAUCAAAUACAUGGAUCAACUAAUUUAAUUUAGUUUAAUACAACAUGAAAGUGUGCCAGACAGAAAGACCUGGAAGUGGAAACAUUUUGCUAUGCAGACCACAAACGAUUGGAUUGGAGAAUGAUAUUCAUGUGGGCAGCAACAAAAGUAAAUCCAAAAUUGGAGCAAAAAUUUUGCUUUGUCAGAACACCAAUAUCAGUUAAACCGUCAAGAUUAUACACUCUUAAUACACAACAUAAUCAUCAGACUUACCAUUUAAUAUCACUCACACAGAGCAAUGAAGAACGUCAGCUUUGUGCAAUAAUGUGCUUAUGUUAAUAGUUCUGUGGGGGUUUUUUCCCCAACAAAACUAGGUAAAACUCUUGUUAAAUGUUCAUUUGUCCAUUGCGCUGUCAUUAUUU